GAUAUCCUAUUAACGGUAAAUUUUCGAUUUUAAUAAAGGCUAAAAAAAUGACAAAAUAUUUGAAUAAAUUUAAAAAACCAUAUUCAUCUAAAAAACAUCAUUCAACUGAAACAAAUACGUCCGAAAGCCUACAUUGUAAUACAGAAAUAACAGAUAUUAAAAAUUUUAGAAAUAGUGACCCAUGGUCUUGGGAUUAUGUUUUAGAUGAAGAAGUAUAUGACUUAUUAGAAGCAUGCUAUGUAGAAGUUAAAUCAAGAGGUGUAAUGAUUCCCUUAGUAUUUUUGCCAUUUAGGCCUAUGUCUAAUGUUUUAUCAACAAAAUUAUUUAUCCGAAAAUUCUUUUCAAUUGAUUCAAAAUCACAGAAAGAUCAAUAUAUUCAAGAAUUGCCUUUAAUGGAUAUCUAUGUGAUAAUUGGAAUUAUUAGAUGGUGUUGGCUAAGAUUAAUCGAUGGUGUAGUAGGUUGGGAUGUUUAUGAAGCAUUUACAAUACUCGAAAGAGAUACAAAAUACCCAUGUAAUGCAUUUUUCGAUUAUAUUCCUGUAGUUGCAGGGUCUAAAGUUCGGGAAAAUAUUAUUUUUGGAUUUUUCAAUAUUCUUUCUUCCAUUGCAGCUUAUUCAAAAAUUAACGGACUUUCAGGAGACAAAUUGUCAAGAACAGCUGGCUGGUGGGCGUUUAAUUUUGAAGAUAAAGAACAAGGAUUUCAUAAAGCGUAUAAUAAUUGGAAAAAAUCAGCAGAUGCAAAUGAACAUUUAUUUUUUGCAUAUCUUAGAAGUAUAAAGGAGCAGCACAGUAAUACGGAAUUAUAUGUCCCAAAUUCUAUGGCACUAUCGCUCGUUAAAUUACUUGAACAAACACCAUACCCUUUGCCUGUAUCUUCAUUGAUGACACUUCACCAUAAAGAUACUCUAUGUAUUGAUAUGCAUGUAAAUAUGCCAAGCCCUAAUGCUUUUAUUGUUCUUCAGCGUGUUGCAAUACAAGGUUUAGAUACAGAUGAUGAAAUUGUUUCAGUAUUGUGGAAGCAUCGUAAUCAUAUUGAAAAUGCCUUAACCGAUGAGUCAAAAAGAAUUCUUAUGUGUAUUUCUAAUACAUUAACAAAUGUAUCAUCCUCAACAGAAUCUAAAGAAUGGGAAAAUUUUUUAAAUUUUGGAUUUGAUUAUAUUGAAAACGACUUAGAAAACCUUAAAAUAGAUUCAGCAUGUAAAACAUAUAAACAUAAUAUUUCUUCAGAAAAUAAAUCUAAUGAAUAUUUUCUUGAAUCAAAAUUUAAAAUAAAUUCUGCUAUUCCUUCAGAAAAAGAAACUUCUUUACGUGAUGUAUUUCCAUCUGAUAAAACAUCUUUACCAAUAAAUAAAAAUCAAUAUCAUUCAGAGCUAAAUUCAGCUACAAAAAUAAAUACUGAAUGGUUAAAUGGAAGCAUAAUAUCAAAUAAGUACCGCAUUAAUUUAGACGAAAGCUUUUGGGGUGUAUGGAUUGACUCUUGUAGUGAUGAAACACCUGUAUUUAAAAAAAAAAUAUUUGAGAAUUUUGUUCUUUUUGAGAUUGAAUUAGAGGAAAAAAAAUGGAUCAUUGUUGAAGAACAAAAUAAUAAAAAUGAUAGGCGUAUAUCUUUUGAUUCAUUUCAUGUAAACUCUUCAGUAGAAGACAAACCAAAAUUUGCAAAUAAUAUAAGUAAAUAUGAACCACCAUUGUCAAAUAGUGAUCAUAAAAUUAAACGAAAUUUAUCAGAAUAUUUUAAACAUCAGAAAAAUAAACUUAAUAUUAUAAAUAGGUAUAGGUCUGUUAAAACAAAAAAAAGUAUACCGCUUUUAGAAUAUAAACAAGAUAUAAAAAAUAAUGGUAUUAUCAAAGAUAAUAAAAAAUAUAUAUAUACAGAAAAUAAUUUUAUAGGAAAAUUUAAUUCCAUAAAACUGCCAUUUUCUUAUAAAAAGUUAGAGUACAUGGUAGAAUUAAAUAAUAGUAAAAAGCAAUUGAGUUUGGAAGAAACAAAAGAAGGAAAGAAUAACGUUUCUAGUCAUAAGGUAGAAAAAGAAUACGAAAAAAUCCCUAUAAAGGAUUUGAAUUUAUAUUCAUAUUCAAUAUCAACAAAUAAAAGAUAUGGGAUAUUUAAUAAAUUUAAUUUAGAAAUUUCAAAUUUUAAUAAAUCAACACCAAACAUACAUUAUAAUACUUCAAGAUUAUUACCAUCUAAACCAUCUUUUGAAAGUGAACGAGCAAAAAGUACAUCAAGUAUAGUUAAUACCAUUUAUUCUAUCCAAGAGGAUAAUGCUUAUAUGGAUAUUUCCACACCUAAUUUUGAAUUAAAAAGGCUGCCUACUUUAAAAAAAUAUAAAGAUAAAAUAUUUAAAAAUUCAAAACGCAACAAAAAUGUUAUUUCUAUAAAUAACCAAAUGCAAAAUAAUAAUUAAUUAAUCAUACAAAUAACAUUCAGUUAGUGAAAAGUUAAAU